AUGUCGGAGACCAAUCCCAGCAUCCCUCUACUCCCCGCUCCUGGUCCUGCGUCACUCGAUGACCCGAAUACCCCGCAGGUGCCGAUAAACUCAGCCGAGUCCGUCAAGCUGGAUGCGCUCGGGCCCAUGGUGGUCAAUCCGGAUGGGACUCUGUCGAGGAUCGCGAACUGGGAUAAGAUGACUGAGGAGGAACGGGAACGGACACUGCGAGUUGUUACUGCUAGGAAUAGGAUACGGAUUGCUCAGCAGGCGAAGAAGGAGAGCAUGACUUGA